GUCACUGCUAAAUUCAGAGCAGAUAGAGCCUGCGCAAUGGAAUAAAGUCCUCAAAAUUGAAAUGUGACAUUGCUCUCAACAUCUCCCAUCUCUCUGGAUUUCUUCUUGCCUCAUUAUUCCUGCUAACCAAUUCAUUUCCAGACUUUGCACUUCACAAGCAAUGGGAAAAGUCAGCAGUCUUCCAACCCAAUUAUUUAAGUGCUGCUUUUGUGAUUCCUUGAAGGUAAAGGUACACAUCAUGUCGUCCUCCCAUCUCUUCUACCUGGCCCUGUGCUUGCUCACCUUCACCAGCUCCGUCACAGCUGGACCGGAGACACUCUGCGGGGCUGAGCUGGUGGACGCUCUUCAGUUCGUGUGUGGAGACAGGGGCUUUUAUUUCAACAAGCCCACAGGGUAUGGCUCCAACAGUCGGAGGGCAAUUCAGACAGGCAUUGUGGAUGAGUGCUGCUUCCGAAGCUGUGAUCUGAGGAGACUGGAGAUGUACUGCGCCCCGCUCAAGCCUGCCAAGUCAGCCCGCUCCGUCCGUGCCCAGCGCCACACUGACGUCCCCAAGGCUCAGAAGGAAGUACAUUUGAAGAACGCAAGUAGAGGGAAUGCGGGAAAUAAGAGCUACCGAAUGUAGGAAGACCUUCCUGGGGAGUGAAGAAUGACAUCCCAUCGGCAGGAUCCUUUGCUCUGCAUGAAUUACCAGUUAAACACCAGAAGACCCACCAAAAUAUGAGUUUGAUAACAUUUCAAAAGAUGGGCAUUCCCCCCAAUGAAAUACACAAGUAAACAUUUCAAACAUUGUCUUUAGGAGUGAUUGUUAAAAGCUUUGCACCUUGCAAAAAAGGUCCUGGAGUCAGUAGAUUGCUGUUGAUCCUUUAUUACUAAUGUUCUAUAGAGAAAAAAUAUAUGGAUGUAUGUAUGUAUGUAUCUAUCUAUAUAUAUAUAUCUUAGUCCUUGCCUCUCAAGAGCCACAAAUGCAUGGGUGUUGUCUAGAUCCAGUUGCACUAAAUUUGUCUCUGAAUCUUGGCUGCUGGAGCCAUUCAUUCAGCAGUCUUGUCUAAGUGGUUUAUUAAUUUUUUUAUUUGCACUUCUUUCUAUGCAACACAGGCUGUUUGUUUUACAGUGUCUGAUUACCUUGUUUGUCUAUCGCUGCCCACCCUCCUUCAUCCCCAUUAUAUUUGCCCAAAUGUGGCCUCCUCCAUAGCAGCAGCAAGCAGUCAAGUAGCACACCAAUAUUUAACCUACCAGAUUCUAUCUGU